CUGAUAAAACUCAAAGUCGCAUUUGGUACACGGUAAUAACAUUAAUCAAACGCUCAUAAAAAUAGCUUUUAUGAUACGAAAAAAAAGUUUUCAAAGUGCCAAAAGGAAAGAAGACAAAGAUAUACAUAAGUGUAAUAGCUCUGAAACAACAACUGUAAUAACCAAAAUAAAAGAAACAAAGAAAAAGCAAAAAUAAAAUAAAAGCUACAACUCCAGCGUUGAAAUCACACGGAAAGAUUUGGUUUAUAGCAUACAUAGAUACAUACAACGGUACAUUCCCAUCUAUAUGUACUUGAAAGUGUAGACUCUACAUUUGGCUUUAUUGAUGAGAAAGUCAGCAGCAGACAAAGCAUCGUUGUAAGUGACACGUGUAGAGCCGAAACCCUCAAAUUGACCUUCACAAGGUCUAUACGUACAAGCCGUUUUCACACAAUUGAAUAAGAAAAGAGCAAGCAAAAUCCACGAGCACCUGAGUAUUUGAAACGAGUUAACUCAACGCAGUCAACAUAUACCCACGCGGAAACUAUAUUUCAAUCAUUGCCGCUACCAAUAACACCGCCACCAUUUCCACCAUCAGCACCAUUGAUCCGGCAGCAACCGCCUCCACCUCGGCUGCUGCUGUAACCCCAACUGCAGCGAUGCGUCGUUCCUCGUUUACGCCCGUCUUCAGUUUGACCACACAAGAGCCGCUCAUUGUUGUCGAAGAAACAAAUACCGCCGAAGAUGGCGAGGAGACGGAAGGUGCAGCUGGUGGCGCUGAUGGUGGUACAGCAGCUACACGCAAGUCCACCAGUGACGAUUCGGAUCCCGACUCGCCUGUCAAUCCAUAUUUGUUAUGCCCAUUUCCGGACAUGCAACAGCGACGCAAACAUUCUUUGCCAUCGCUUCAAAUCACCGAGGGUAUUACAGCCAGUCAGGUGCGUCGCUUGUCGGAGGUGGGCGGGGAGAAUGGUGGUCUUAGCCCGAAGGAAGUGGAGUUUUUAGCAACUUUAUCGCAGAAAGCAAAUCCGGCAGCGGGCGGCAGGCGACAUUCAGUUGUUACCAUUUCAGCUGUUCCACCGACGUUGUUUGGACGCAAUCGACGAGAAUCACUAACAGGCAUACCGCUAAGCGGCAGCAGACGUGGCAGCAUUAUUCAAGGACCACCACUUACCGACCAUCGAGGCAGCAUUCACAAUUUGCAACUGGACAUUAUGGAUGGCAUUGUACAGACACGAAAACGUGCCGGUAGCGGUGUAUGGACGGCACCUGUACUGCAAGAGACCGAAAAUAAUGUGCCGGUGCAAACAUAAAUCAUAACAACGUCCCCCUACCCCACCAAUCGGCCCACGACCAUCAUACUAAAAACUAAUAACAUCAUCGACAUCAACGCCAGCAACAACAAAACAAAGAACGAAGAUGAAAAAAAUGAUAGUCAAACUAAGAGCAGCAAAACAAUUAAGCAAAAAUGCAGCAUCAGGAGCAAUCGCAAAAACAAAAGCAAAAAGGAAAAUGCGGGCAAUUCGGAGGGGAAAACAGUUGAAACAUCAACAGCAACACCAACAACAACACCAACAACGACGACAACGGCAACAGCUGGUAAUGGACCAUCAACAUCGUGGCAUAGCAAUUUAGUUUCACGUUUUGGCUCAUUGCUUUGCUGGCAAUCGCUGGACUGUUGAACUGUUGAACUGUUCAACAAUCGACCAAGAAGCGACUGGAGUAACUCGAACGAACUGUGCAAAGAAAGAGUGGUUAGUAUACAUACAUUGCGGUAAGGAAAGUAGCCUGAACUAGUACAUACAUAUGUACAUACAUUCGGUCAAAAGCCAAAUGACCAAUUGGCCAGCCACAGGAAAUGCUGUACAGUGCGGGCAGCAUGAGUGACGAACAACAAUAUGGCGCAGCUCAAUUUGGUGGCAAAAUGCGAAAACAAUCAUAAACAAUUCUGGGUUCGCAAAUAGUACGGGUCAAGAAAUUGCACAAAAGAAUCUGAAAGGGAGUGAAAGAGUCACAAGUCCAUCGAUUUGCAAGCUUUAUUUAUGCUUGUGCAUAUGCACAUAUGUAUGAUACAUAUGUACAUAUGUAUGUAUGUGGUCAAUGCGAAUACCAUCGGCUCUGUACAAGCAUAAUUGUGCCAAAGGUCAGUCGUAGGGGGACGUUGGAGAGAAAAGAAAAAUUAAUUUUUAUUUAAAUUUUCCACUUUCUUUUGUUAUGACAAUUAAACAUUGGUGUGCUUUAAGAAAAAACGUUAUGGUGGAAAAUUACGAGAUAUCUUUAAAUGAAAAGCUUAAAGCAAAUGCCAUUAA